CAGCCAAGGGGUAGGUGACCAACUUAUAAGGGGUCCUUCCAUAGACUUAAAAAUGCUAGAACCACAUAGAGAGGAGGGAGUUGUGCUAUGGACACAAACCUAUAUAGCGCAUGCGCUCGCCAAUAUAUGCGUGAUUUAAACUUAGGUCGCUUGGCGCUACAUCGCCAACCUUUUUGUCUUUUUAAAACUUUUUUCACAGCCACUUCAUGGUAAUCAAGAUAUCUUAUGAAGUUUUGGAGAGGUCGUGUAAUUGUAGAUUCCUUACGAAUGUUGUUAUGGAUUAACUUAUCUAUUCAACUUAUAUUCGUAUGAUAGCAAUUUAUAUCCGAAUGUUGUUACGAAUGUUGCUUCUGGGCCUAUUGAUGUCGACUAAGUGAAAACUCCACGAUGGUAUACAUAUAUUGUUAUUGAUUAACUUAUCUAUUCAACUUAUAUUCACACGACAGCAAUUUUACGAAUGUUGCUUCUGGGCCUAUUGACGUCGGCUAAGUGAAAACUCCACGAUGGUAUACAUUGUUAGGAUAGGACAUAAGAUGUCAUGAAAGGUUUUAUUAUAGACAUGUAUGACUAUAUACAGAAUACAUGUAUACAUUGAUGAAUUGGAACUAUUGUGUAUCGCUCUAGGUUGUGACUGUUACAUGGUGAAUAUCAUCCAACACAAAUACUCAUUGUUGAUCCAAUGCCUACGCACGAACCUCACGCACUGAAACAUCUACCAUGCAAAAAAUAAUAAUUCAGAAUGUUUUGAAUUUUUGUAGUAUUUGUUUUGAUUUUACUGUUCAUGGCGGGUUUAGAUGAGCAUGGGAGUCAAAUCGCCCCUCUCCAAGAAUAAUCAUAUUAUAUAUGAUACAUAAGAGUUAUAGAUGUGCAUUUUUUUUCCAGUUUUACAAAGAAAAAACUAGAUUCCAAAAUAGACUUAACUCAAGUAACAAAACUAUUCCAAUUUGAAUGGUACCUAAGUUUUUUUAGGAAAUCCAUAAGAAAUAAUUGCAGUAAAUGCAAGAUGGGACAUCUUGGAUAUGGUCUUGAAGCAGUUUGAGCAGGAUUUCCAAAUUGAGACAUAUGGAUAGAGCUCCUAAUUAAAACGACAAGACUGAUAACCCAAUCGAUAGCGUCAAAAUGGGCACACCACGUGUUUUCAAUGCAGUUGGUUGCUAGAGACGCACCACCUAAAAAUAGUAAAUGCACGGUGUGAUGUUUGUUUGGUAUUAGGCUCGGACUAUCGGCACCCAUUCAUAAGGUGAAUAGGAGUAGUGAGAAUGUUUCUAAGAUGAUGACUUCAGACUACCUGAUGUAUUACUUUCUAAGAUUUUUGUGAAUAAUUAAUAAAAUGGUUGUAUGCAUCGUCCAGAUGGAGAGGUCGGGGAUCAUCCUCCUUUUCUAAAAAAAGAACUUCAUCAAACAUUUUUGUUGUAGGUAGUAACUCUCUGUCCGAGCAUUAAUGUUUUUGGGUCGUCUAUACUGCCUACUGUUUAUGAUGAUGUCUGUGGAUUUCUGUUAUGACAGCUAGGGCGUUUGUGUUCCACUCAACGUCCCAACCAAUAGAACUGCAAUGCUUAAUUUCCCUCAAAGUAACAAACACAUGCAUAACAGCGAGAGCUCUUGGUAUCGAAUCUACAUACAUGGAGAAGACCAUCAAGUGCAGAUGGUCAGAUGAAAUUACGAUAAAAGAAUAGACACUGCGCGUAUAGAAAGGAUAUAGAGUUGGUCAUAUAAUUAUGGUCAUACACUCACAACAUUCUAUGCUGGAGUCUUUACUGUCGGUAUAAGAAGGUUAACUAGACUAACAUAAUUUCUCAUCAUAUGUCAUAGGUUUAAAUAACGGGCUACGACAGCCUAGGUUUGGUGCUAAAUUAACACUAUAGCGCGCUACAUAACGCUAAAUUGUACAUGACACGUGUAGCGCGAGGUCCGUCCAAAUGCUAUAGCGACAGUGUAGCGUUGAAAUAGUGCACUAUUUAAAACUAUGCCAUAUGUUUUGGCGGUAGUGGGCCAAAUGGGUUUACCAAUAAGGGACGGGUUACUGUUUCCAUAUUUUUCGAUUAUAUGAGUUCAAAUUGGUUCUUAAUUGAUUCAAUUUGAGAAUUUAAAACUACAAAGCCAACUAAACAACAAGAAUAAUCAUAUUGUAUAUGAUACAUAAUUAAGAGUUAUAUAUGUACCAUAAUUUUCUUUUAUUUUUCAGUUUUAUAAAGAAAGCUAUAUUCAAAAUAAAUUUAACUCAAAUAACAAAACAAUUCCAAUUUGAAUGAUACCUCAGAUUUUUAUUUUGAAGGAUUCCCUACGAAAUAAUCACAGUAAAUGCAAGAUGGGACAUCUUGGAUACGGUCCUUCAAGGGUUUGAGCAAGAUUUCCAAAUGAAGACUUAUGGAUAGAUCUUCUAAUUAAAACAACAAAACAUAUGACCCAAUCGAUAGCGUCAAAAUAGGCACACCACGUGUUUUUAAUGCAGUUGGUUGCUAGUAGAGAUGUACUACCUAAACAUAGUAAAUGCAUGGUGUGUGUAUAUAUAUUGGUGCUUGGCACAGUCAGUUAACAAACACACAACACCACAACAAGAGAGAUACUACAACGCAAUGGCAGCUCAUGCCCCAACGAUGGCAGUCCCCACCGACGCCCAGCUGAUUCAGGCGCAGGCUGACUUAUGGCGGCACAGCCUGUGCCACCUCACGGCCAUAGCACUCAGGUGCGCUGUCCAGCUCGGUAUCCCUACUGCCAUACACCGACUCGGCGGCACAACAUCGUUGCCCGAGCUUGUCACCGCACUGUCCCUCCCACCAUCUAAGACACCAUACCUUGGCCGUGUCUUGCGGUUGCUGGCCACAUCAGGCGCCUUAGCAUCCCCGAAGGAGGGGACCUACUCCCUCGUCCCGCUAUCAUAUCUCCUGGUGGAUGGUGUAUUCAUUGAUGGUGAGGCUAGCCAGAAGGCCAUUGUGCUUGCCACAACCUCAAGACAUUACAUAGAGGCGGCCUUGGGGCUAGCUGACUGGUUCAAGAAGGACAUCGCACCAUCGCCAUCACCAUUUGAGGAUGUGCACGGUGCCACACUCUUCGAGGAGAGUAUGGCGCUCCUCGACCCGGAGUCAGACAAGGUGUUCCAUGAAGCUCUGGCUGCCCAUGACCAUUUGGGGAUCAGCACCAUAUUGCGGGAAUGCCAUGACUUAUUCAAGGGGGUGCAGUCACUCACCGAUUGUUGUGGUGGUGAUGGAACGACAACUAGGGCUAUUGUCAAGGCCUUCCCGCAUAUCAAGUGCAAUGUGUUGGACCUUCCGAAGGUGAUUGAGAAAGUCCCGAGUGAUGGUAUCAUUAACUAUGUCGCUGGUGACCUAUUCCAUACCAUUCCACCUGCUCAAGCUGUGAUGCUUAAGCUUGUUCUGCACUUCUGGAACGACGAAGAUUGCAUCAAUAUCCUGGCUCAAUGCAAGAAGGCCAUUCCGUCCCGCGAAAUGGGGGGAAAGGUUAUUGUCAUAGAUAUAGUAGUCGGCUCAUCAUCCAAAGAAAUGUUAGAAACCCAACUGUUGGUGGAUAUGCUCAUGUUAGUAUGUACAAGAGGACGUCAACGAGAUGAAAAUGACUGGAGCACAAUCUUUACAAAAGCAGGAUUUAGCGACUAUAAAAUCAUCAAGAAACUGGGACCUCGAGGUGUCAUCGAGGUCUAUCCUUAAGAAUGUGUGCCAAGUGCCUCGAUAAUGUGGGCUAUGUUUAAUGUCGUGAGUUUGAUAUUGAUUGUGUGCUAUCAGUAAAUAAGGGCAAUGCCUAAGUUUGUGACCAACAAUCUAAGGGAACAUAACUAGCUAAAGUGAUAUGCCGGCUUGGCCACAUCAGGACCUGUGUAUGUAACUAGUUUCAAUAAAGUGUUGAAGUCACUUGGUGUGAGUUUUAUGGGUGUAUGCAUGUGCCAUGGUUGUAUAUGCUCCUACAAGCUAAAACUGUUAUGUUCUGUUA